AACCGCGCGGUUGUCGCGGCGCGUCGAUCGGAAUAAAUAAAUAAAGCUGGAUCGUGUUGUACGAAACUUUUUCGGCUAGAUUCGGGAAUGAAACGAACAGAAGAAACUGAAAAUUAGAUUUUACGAUUAAUUUACCAGUAAUUUCGCGUUAAGUGUAGAACAAGUAAUGAAGUAAGGAAAACAGUGCCUUGAAACACGAAUGAGUUGGUAACAAGUACCAAAUACGAAAAGACUGAAACCACGACACACACACAAACGCGCGCGCGCCUGCCUACAAGUGUGUGUAUGGUAACCACUUUUUUUCUACCUGGUCUUACCUGUUUUGCGGUGUGUGAGAGAGCGGCGUCCGAAGAAGGGAGCGCAAAAGAGAGUGUGUAAAAAAAGAUAAAAGUGAAGAAAAUAAGAGAAAAAGCAGCAGAUAAAUCGGAAAAUACCUGGAAAAAUAAUAAAAGCGCGAACUGUACGUGUUUGGUUCGAUUUGUUUUGUUUCAAUUUGUUCGAUAUUGAUGUUUAGACGGUCUCCCGGCGGCUGUUUCUGCUGGUUGCCAUGAAAAUGCAGUCUAAACAAACGGUGGAACGUCGACGUCAGCGUUAGUUCGCACACACACACACACACACACACACAUGCUCACAUGCACCCAUGCAUUGAGAGAUAGAAGCUAACAAAAGUGGAAAUAGAAAUACAAAAACAGCAGAGCAGAGCAGAGAGAACGUAAAAGUAAAAGGUGUGCGGUGAAGUAGUGGUAGUGAUCGAGUGUGUACCGUGUGUGUACCCGUGUGUGUGUUCUAGUGGAUAAAUACUGGGGUGAUUCACAAAAGAAGUGCUCAAAAGUUGAGAUAUGGCGGAUGUCUGCUAAAUGAAAUUCCACAAGUGUUCAGCCAACUGCAAUAAAAUGUCGGUCAGCAAUCACCUCAAUCUAAACCCGAGUCCGAAUCCAGCACAGCAGCAGACACACCAGCAGCACAAACGAAAAUGUCGGGAUCGGAGGCACAGCCAAAUCCACAUCCACAGCCACAGCCACAGGAGCAGGCUGCUCAUGGCCGUGGCCGUGGCCCUCAGCAUCAUCUCACCCGCCCUCUCAGCCCAGACGCUGCCGGAUAACAACAACUACACCGGCGACAAUCGAAAGCCCGCCUUCAAGAACUGCGCGGGCUAUGCGCCUUCCGUGAAGGAGGAGCAGCCCGAAAACACCUACGUCUUCAUGGUGCAGGCCACGGAUCCCGAUCCCAACCAGGAGAUACGCUACAGUCUCGUCCAGUCGCGCUCCGAACGACCCAAGUUCUUCAUAAACCCCACCACAGGCGUCAUUGUCACCGGCCACACCUUCGAUCGGGACGAGCCCAUCCACGAGAAGUUCGUGUUUGUCACCGUCCAGGCCACGGACAACGGCCUGCCGCCGCUCGACGAUGUCUGCACCUUCAACGUGACCAUCGAGGACAUCAACGACAAUCCCCCGGUGUUCAACAAGGCGCGCUACGACGAGUCCAUGUCGGAAAAUGCACAGCCCGACGCGGUGAUCAUGUCGAUUAGUGCCAGCGACUUUGAUGACCGCAACAACAGCAUCAUCGAGUACGAGAUACUGCGGGAGCGCGACUUUCAGUACUUUAAGAUCGACAGGGAGUCGGGGAUCAUAUAUCUGAAUCGACCGAUUGACAAGCGACCCGGACAGUCGUACACGAUCAAUGUGCGGGCGUACAACAUAGUGCCGGAUCCGCCGCAAGACGCCCAGAUCGAAGUGCGGAUACGCAUUGUGGAGUCCUCGAUCAAGCCACCCACCUUUGUGGACCCCAUCGAUACGCCCAUCUACCUGAAAGAGGACCUCAAGAACUUCUCGCAGCCCAUAGCCACGCUGACGGCUGUCUCCAACAUGCCGGACAAGCCUGAGGUGAUCUUCGAGCUGAUAACCGGCCGCACGGAGCAGACGAACGGCAAGAACACGUUCGUCUUCAAUCAGCUCGGCAACGAGGUGACCAUCAGCCUGGGCAAGCACCUCGACUACGAGGCCAUCACGGACUACACCCUCACGAUGAGUGUGCGCAACACCUUCGAGCUGGGGGCCGAGCACCAGAUCAAGAUCAAGGUCGAGGACGUCAACGACAACAUUCCCUACUUCACCGAGGUCAAGUCGGGCACCAUUCUCGAGAACGAGCCGCCGGGCACGCCCGUGAUGCAGGUGCGCGCCUUCGACAUGGAUGGGACGGCGGCCAACAACAUUGUGUCCUUCGAGCUGGCGGACAAUCGGGAUUUCUUCGCCAUCGAUCGGCACACGGGCAACAUUACGGCCCUCACGACAUUCGAUCGGGAGGAGCGCGACUUCUACAACGUGAAGGUGAUCGCCAGCGACAACUCCCCGUCGAGCCUGUUCGAUAACGGGGAGCCCAAUCGGGGCCACCAGGUGUUCCGGAUCUCCAUUGGCGAUAAGAACGACCACAAGCCGCACUUCCAGCAGACCAAGUAUCUGGCGGACAAGCUGCUCGAGGAUGCAAACACCAAUUACGAGGUGAUUGAGGUGAUGGCCGAGGACGAGGACAACGCCUCGCAGAUUCUAUACAGCAUCGAGAGCGGCAACGUGGGCGACGCCUUCAAGAUUGGCCUGAAGACGGGCAAGAUCACGGUGAACCAACGCCUGGACUACGAAUCGAUCACCGAAUACGAACUGAAGGUGCGAGCCUUCGACGGGAUCUACGACGACUACGCCACGGUGGUGAUCAAAAUCGAGGAUGUGAACGACAAUCCGCCGGUGUUCAAGCAGGACUACAGCAUCACCAUCCAGGAGGAGCGAGCCUUCGACAACUGCAUCCUGACGAUCGAGGCAUACGAUCCGGACAUCAAGGAUCGCACAGCAGACCAGCACAUUGUCUACUCGAUUGUGAAGGACGACUACAAGAAGCUGCUGACCAUCGACAACAGCGGCUGCCUGCGGCUCAUCCAGCCCCUGGACCGCGAUCCGCCCAACGGCCACAAGAACUGGCAGAUUCUGAUCUCCGCCAGCGACGAGGACGGCGUGGGCACCACCCUCAAGUCAGUGAAGGCGGUGACCAUCACCCUGCAGGACAUCAACGACAAUGCCCCUUUCCUGGUCAACGAAAUGCCAGUGAAGUGGCCCGAGAACCGAAAUCCCGGCCAGGUCGUCCAGCUGCAGUCGAACGACUUUGACGACGUCCAGAACGGUCCCCCGUACACCUACGGCAUCGACAGCGAAGCCUCGCCCGACAUCAAGACCAAGUUCAGCAUCGACAACGACUACCUCUUCGCCAACGUGAUGUUCGACCGGGAGGAGCAGAAGGAGUACUACAUACCCAUACGCAUCAGCGACUCGGGGGUGCCGCGGCAGAGUGCCGUGAGCAUAUUGCACCUGAUCAUCGGCGAUGUGAACGACAAUGCCAUGACGGAGGGCUCCUCCCGCAUCUUCAUCUACAACUACAAGGGCGAGGCGCCCGACACGGACAUCGGGCGGGUGUUUGUCGACGAUCUGGACGACUGGGAUCUGGAGGACAAGAGUUUCAAGUGGAAGAACGACAUCUCCCACGAUCAGUUCCGCCUGAAUCCCAGCACGGGCAUGAUCACCAUGCUCCAGCACACCGGCGAGGGGGAGUACGUGCUGGAGUUCACGGUCGAUGAGGAGUCCACCUAUAUACCCUACCACUCGGUGGAUGCCGACGUCACGGUGGUCAUCCGGGAGCUGCCGGAGGAGGCGGUGGACAAGAGCGGCAGCAUCCGCUUCAUCAACAUCACCAAGGAGGAGUUCAUCUACGUGCCCCGGGACAUGCAGUCCCCGGAGGCCCUAUCCCUGAAGGACCGCCUCCAGCACUCGCUGUCGAAGCUGUUCAACACCUCGGUGUCCAAUGUGGACGUCUUCACGGUGCUCCAGAACGAGAACAACACGCUGGACGUGCGCUACUCCGCCCACGGAUCGCCGUACUACUCGCCCGAGAAGCUCAACGGAAUGGUGGCUCAGAAUCAGCAGCGGCUGGAGAACGAGCUCGAUCUCCAGAUGCUGAUGGUCAACAUCGACGAGUGCCUGAUCGAGCGGCUCAAGUGCGAGAGCUCCUGCACAAACGAGCUGCACAAGAGCUCGGUUCCCUACAUGAUCUACUCGAACACCACCUCCUUCGUGGGCGUCAAUGCCUUCGUGCAGGCGCAGUGUGUGUGCGAGGCACUGCUGUUGAACCACUGCCUGAACGGCGGGACACCGCGCUACGGGGAGAACGAUGUCUGCGACUGCAUCGACGGCUUCACCGGGCCCCACUGCGAGCUCGUAUCGGUGGCUUUCUACGGCAGCGGCUACGCCUUCUACGAGCCCAUAUCCGCCUGCGACAACACAAAGAUCAGCCUGGAGAUCACACCACAGGUCGACCAGGGCCUGAUCAUGUACCUGGGGCCCCUCAACUACAAUCCUCUGCUGCCGCUGUCCGACUUCCUGGCCCUCGAGCUGGAGAAGGGCUAUCCCGUGCUGACGGUGGACUACGGCUCGGGCGGCAUACGCAUCAAGCACCAGCACAUACGGAUGGUGGCCGAUCGCUCCUACCAGCUGGACAUCAUCCUGCAGCGCACCAGCAUCGAGAUGACCGUGGACAACUGCCGCCUGUCCACCUGCAUGAGCCUGGGCGCCCCACAGGGGCCCAACGAGUUCCUCAACGUGAACGCGCCCCUGCAGCUGGGCGGCAGUCCCGUGGAUCUGGCGCAGCUCGGACGGCAGCUCAACUGGACGCAUGUGCCCACCCAGCAGGGAUUCUUCGGUUGCGUGCGCAACCUGACGAUCAACGAGCACACCUACAACCUGGGAAUGCCCUCGGUCUUCCGAAACAUUGACAGCGGCUGUCAGCAGUCGGUGGCGGUGGCCUUCAGCUUCGGCAUCGAUCGGAACUUCAUUAUUGCUAUCAUCGCCUGCCUGGCGCUGCUGCUGAUCAUCCUUCUGGCCGUGGUGGUGCAGAAGAAGCAGAAGAACGGCUGGCACGAGAAGGACAUCGACGACAUACGGGAGACGAUCAUCAACUACGAGGACGAGGGCGGCGGCGAGCGGGACACGGACUACGACCUGAACGUCCUGCGCACCCAGCCCUUCUACGAGGAGAAGCUCUACAAGGAUCCCCACGCCCUGCAGUCAGGCAUGGGUCGGGAUCCCAACGACAUACCCGACAUCGGGGACUUCCUGGGCGACAAGAAGGAGAACUGCGACCGCGACUCCGGCGGCCUCACCGUCGACGAUGUGCGCCACUACGCCUACGAGGGCGACGGCAACUCCGACGGCAGUCUGUCCAGCCUGGCCUCCUGCACCGACGACGGCGAUCUCAAUUUCGAUUAUCUGUCCAACUUUGGACCGCGCUUCCGCAAGCUGGCCGACAUGUACGGCGAGGAGCCCUCCGACACCGACUCCAAUGUGGACGACGAGCAGGGCUGGCGCAUCUAGGAGAAAAAGAUGACGUAGAAAUGCAAAAGACUUUUUAUACGCUAAGAGUUGUAUGGAUACUGACUGGUGUGGAGAGGAGGAUGUGCAGGGGGACCGGGUGCCGGCCUAGCCGGGCCCAAAGUCGCCUCAAGAGCUACACAUAUGUAUGUAUGUACAAGAAGUAUAUAUAGCCCAUUUUUUUAUAUAGAAGAGUGGAAAGGGAAGGGGCACGUUGAGGACACGUUUUUGUUUUCUGUUUUGUAAAUGCAAAAAGUGAUCUUGAUCUUACGUAAGCGUAACUUUAUCUACAUAUAUCUAGACUAGACCAUAAUCCUAAACCUAAGCAACUGCGAACAAAACACACAAAUUAAUGCAGAGUGCAGUGUAUUCAUUAAAAAAAUCAAGAAGAAAUCGAUCCCAAUUGGAGGAGGAGGAGGAGGAAACAAAAUAUUCCUAUGAAGCGAAUUCAGUAACAAAUUGCAUUUUACUUUGCAUAUUCCCAACAUUAGUCCGUAGUUUAUCUGAUAGUUUAUUAUCCCAUCCCAUACAUGAUUUCAAGACAAACAAAACACUUCAUUAUAUCAAAAGUUGAACUCAAUUUGAUAAGACAAGUCGAUAAACUAAGCUAAAUAUUAUCCUAACCUAACCGUUUACGUAUAUAUCAUCAUUUAUAUAGAACCUUAGACCCGAACCCGACCCCAUCAAUAUCAGCAUAAGUUCUUAGGGUUGUCGUUGUCCCCUAGUACUACGUGUAUAAAUCAGCUUAAACAUAAACAUAAAUCUAAAUCGAAUCGAGCUAGCGCGGGAGAACGGAGUACCGAUUGUGCAGCCUAUAUCCAUGCUAUAUAGGCAUCGAAAUAUAGUUUAUAUAUAUAAGAAAAUGUUCAAUAAAUCAUUGCGAUAUGUA